AUGGCUCUCGAAGAUAGAUUCGAGGUGCUCAAGGAAAUCGGAGAUGGUAGCUUUGGCAGUGUCGUUCUCGCCCGAGUCCGUAGCGCAGGUGCUAGUGUGGCCCGCCGCGGCACGGUGGUCGCUAUCAAAACUAUGAAGAAGACCUUUGAGUCCUUCACCCCGUGCUUAGAGCUUCGCGAGGUCGUCUUCCUCAAGACGCUUCCCAACCAUGCCCAUCUCGUCCCCGCCCUCGACAUCUUCCUCGACCCCUACAGCAAGAAGCUUCACAUCGCCAUGGAGUACAUGGAGGGCAACCUGUACCAGUUGAUGAAGGCCCGGGACCACAAGUGUCUCGACAACGCCAGCGUCAAGAGCAUCCUUUUCCAAAUCAUGCAAGGUCUCGAGCACAUUCACGCACACCACUUUUUCCAUCGCGAUAUCAAGCCCGAGAACAUCCUCGUCUCCACCUCUGCCCACCAGGACGCCGUUACGUCUUUCCGCAGGUACUCGGCCCUGGUCACCCCUCCCUCCACGCCUCCGAAUUACACCGUCAAGAUUGCCGACUUUGGCCUCGCCCGCGAAACGCACUCGAAGUUGCCCUACACGACGUACGUUUCGACGAGAUGGUACCGUGCACCCGAGGUGCUUCUCCGUGCCGGCGAGUAUUCGGCCCCGGUCGACAUUUGGGCUGUCGGUGCCAUGGCAGUCGAAAUCGCCACCCUCAAGCCACUCUUCCCCGGCGGAAAUGAGGUUGACCAAGUUUGGAGAGUCUGCGAGAUCAUGGGAAGCCCCGGCAACUGGUACAACAAGUCGGGCGGUCGCGUUGGCGGCGGCGAAUGGAAGGAUGGUACCAGGCUGGCCGGCAAGCUCGGCUUCUCGUUCCCCAAGAUGGCGCCCCAUGCCAUGGACACGAUUUUGCAACAACCACAGUGGCCCGCUGCACUGAGCCAUUUCGUUACGUGGUGCCUGAUGUGGGACCCCAAGGCUCGCCCGACCUCAACCCAGGCAAUUGCCCACGAGUACUUUGCGGAUGCUGUGGAUCCUCUGAGGCCGAAGUCUUCGGCUUCGAGAAUCCUGGGCCGCAAGCAGUCUGAUCUUAGCCGCGCCAACAACUCCAAUUCUUCUACUCCCACGUCGUCCAAGCCGUCUUGGUUCAGAAAAUCCCUUAUCGGUCGCUCGGAAAGCGCAGAAGUUGCCGUCCCCCAGUCGAUCUCCAAGGAAUCGACCCCGAGACCUUCCCCCGUUCCUUCGCAGACGACGAACGAGGUACCCGUUGCCAAGACACGUCCUGCUCAGUCGAAGCGCACGACGUGGACAAAUGGCCCGUCCAACGUCGCCCCUAUGCCGAUACUUCCGACGAUCCGUCCCAUUUCUCCGCUGUCCGAUGCCGUGACCGCCGAGGCAAGAAACGGCGUCACCUACAACGACUCGUACGCCAACGGUCGGCACCGGACUGUUCAGAUCGAUGAGAAGAAGAAGAUUGGCAGGCAAUUGUCGGUUGCCUCGAGCACUAACAACUAUGCGGAGAUUCACCGCCAGCAGGCCGAGAGAGCUCUCAACGGCAACGGCGGCCUCGCAUCGCCUCCCAACGGUCACAAGGAAAGCUUCUUUUCACACCUGCGGAAACGUGCUCGUCGCUUCUCGGGCAGGCAUCAAGCCCCCAUGUCUCCCAAUUCGGACGAUGUCGAGGCCCAAGCUGGCUGCGGCCCUUGGAACAGCAACAGAUCAUCCAUGGUGAUGGACAACGCACCUACUCCCCCGCCGAAGCCUACCGAGAUCUACGAGCCGCUCGACAAGGCUCUGAGAGACAUUCAGCAGAACCAAGACCAGGCCCCUGUUCCUCCCGCACACCUCAUUACCCCCAGUAGCACCCUGAAGAGGCACCAUUCCCUGCCGCAGCAUCAGCCGCGGUCGGUCGACAACCUGAUGGUGGCUGCACGAGGAACCGGACCGAUCUCGAGCCGGACCCGACGUCAAGGUGUCCAGCACUACGAUGCACCCGACGAAGAGGACGAGCUGCUUGACGAGGUUCUCCACUCGACUCACCGCGCCAUGAACCGCCUCGAGAAGGACGGAAAGCCCGGUCUGCGCCAGUCUGCCAGCAAUGUCGGCUUGGCGAACCCGUACCCGACCCCGUCCCCAUCGGCCAACGGCAACUCGGUGCUUUUCGGUGACAACCACGAAGCCGUCACGCCCAAGCCUCUGAAUCUUCAGAAGUCCCACGGCGCCGAGAGCCAGUACAAGUGGCCCACGCCCCCGUACGAGGAGAGCGAAUGGGCUGCUUCGGCGUCUGCCAGUAUCUGGGCGGCUAGCAACCGGUUCUAA